AAGAAGGAAGAAAAGAAGGAAGGAAAAGGGCAAGGAUUAAUUCCAAAGUAUCAGAACAGAAGCUAUGCUAAGAUAGUAAGAGGAUAUGGAGCUGGAAAUGUGGAAGGAGCGAACAAGGGGCAGUACAGAACAGAGCCGCAGGAAAAAAAAUGAGAACAGGAAAAGAGAAAGUUUUGGGAUAGCAGAAAUCAGAAAAGUAUGGAAAGAGAAAGGAAAAGGAGCAAGCUGGACUGGAAUGGAAUACAAUAUUAAAGAAGAAGAAUUUGCAUGGCUUGAGGGUUGCUAUGUGGGGACAGUACACUCAGUAGAAAUGGUCAGGAAUUUGCAAGAGAAAUUCUACAUGGAGGGGUAUUUCUAUUGUAGAGUUCGUGCAAUGGGGGGCAAAAUGGUUUUGUUGGAUUGUGAAGAAAAAGAAGAGCUAAAGGAUCUGGUAGAAAUGGCUGCUGAAUGGCUUGCACAAUGUGGGUCGGAGGAAAAUGAAUCCUGGUCAUGGGAUACGGACAUGGACAGCAUGGAAGAUGGAUUUAGAAAAGUCAAAGAGCCGGCUGUAGAACAAAAUUUAGAUGUAGGGGAGGAAGAUGAUGAGGUGGCGGGUGUAAGGGCUAUAAACGAAAAUAAGCAUCAAUCACAAGAAGAGGAAGUGGCUGCAGACAGCUUGGAGAAAUUUCAAAAUUCAAACACAGGAGCAGGUAGAGUAGGCCGGCUGGAAGAGACGCAGGGGCAUGGGGAACGGUUAGCUCCGACAGUGCAUAGGGAACGGGCAAAUUCAGCAGAAAUUUGGGAAAAAGAAGGGAGAGGGAAGAAUCGAGGAAGGAAACGGACGGCAAAGAUGGGGAAGAAGGCGAAGCCGGCGAGCAACUCAAUUUUCGGUAAUAGAGCAGCGGGGGUUUCAGUUGGAGACACUGAGAUCAGGAAUUGCAAUAGACUAGCGGAGAGACAGAGACAAGAGCAACAACUAGCAGAUUUAUGGGAUUUUGCGAAGAAGCUAGGGGUAAUGGCUGUGGAUGAACAACAAAUUGUCAAAAGAAUUGAAGAAAUGGAGAAAAGAGAUAAAGAGGAGAAAGCAAGCAUGAUGCAGCUGGAGGAAGCUAGCACGAAGAAGAAUAUAUGGCUUAUUGAUUUACCAUUGGUGGGGAGGAGGUAUACAUGGUAUAAUUCCAAUGGGAAAUACAUGAGCAGAAUUGACAGAUUUUUGUUGAUAGAGGAGUGGAUUUUGAAGUGGGGUGAUAUGAAACAAUGGGGCCUUAAUAGAACCGUAUCGGAUCACUGUCCUAUUUUAUUGAAAAAUGAGAAGAUGGAUUGGGGACCAAAGCCAUUCAAAUUUUUUGAUGCUUGGCUUGAUCAACCGGGGUGUAAGGAGUUCAUCAGGGAAGUGUGGAAAUCUACCAUAGUUAGGGGAUGGAAAGGGUACAAACUGAAGGAGAAACUGAAGAGAACAAAGAAAGAGUUGAAGGAGUGGAGUAGAAACUCAAUAUCAGAAGUGGAUAGCAAGAUAAUGGAAGUUGAAAAGGAGAUUGCCACAAUAAAUGAAAGAGGAGAGAUCUGUCAAUUAUCAACACAGGACAUUGAUCAAAGGAGAAAUUGCUUCAUAGAGUUGUGGAAGAACUUAAAAAUCAAAGAAAGCAUGUGGCAACAAAAAUCAAGAAAAAUGUGGUUAAAAGAAGGGGAUGCGAAUACAAAGUAUUUCCAUAGAAGUGUGAAAGGAAGAUGGAGAAGAAAUGAAAUACUUUGUAUUCGCAUCAAUGGUGUCCAGCAUAUAGGGGUGGCAGAAAUAAAGAAUGAGGUGGCAAAAUACUUUGAGGAGCUAUUUAAGGAAGAGAAAUGGGAGAGACCAAAGCUAGAUGGCAUUGAUUUCAAGAGGAUAUCUGAAGCAGAUAAUGACAUCCUCACUGCAGCUUUUUCUGAAAAAGAAGUCAAGGAAGCAGUGUGGGAAUGUGAAUCUUCAAAGUCCCCAGGCCCAGAUGGUUUUAACUUCAAAUUUGUAAAAGUCAUGUGGGAAGACAUUAAAUCAGAUGUUGUGGAGUUUGUGCAGGAGUUUCAUGAGCAAGGCAAGAUAGCUAAAGGCUCAAACGCUUCUUUCAUAGUCUUGAUCCCCAAAGAAAGGGAAGAAGCAGCAGAACUACAACAAAAGAUUGAUAGCAUGCGGAUAUACAAGGACAUCCCCGACACAUGGAAGUGGGAGCAUAGCAAGGAAGGCAACUACUCAACUAAAUCAGCUUACAAACUGUUGACAAAUGAACUUAAUGGACUGGAUGCAGCUCCAAUACACAAGAGAGUGUGGAACCUAAUCAUUCCAAGCAAAAUUUCUGCUUUUAACUGGCAGCUAUUGCAGGAUAGAAUACCAACAAAGAGCAACCUGCAAAGAAAAGGAAUAACCACUGAACUAGAUGAUGGAACCUGCGCUUUAUGCGAGGAGGAGGUCGAGGACUCGAAUCAUCUUUUCCUGAGGUGCAAGGUGGCAAAGUGGCUGUGGAAGGCUUGUGGGAAAUGGUGGGGAACCUCUGUUAAUUUGGGAAAUUAUUGCUGGAAAACUUUUGAGCAGUUUGGGGCAUGGGCCAAAGAAAAACGAGUAAAGGAAGGCUGGGAUUGUAUAUGGAACGUUGUGGUGUGGACCAUAUGGCUGGCAAGAAAUCAAAAGAUAUUCCGAGAAACCGACAUCAACAAAAGUAAGUUGCUUGACCACAUUCAACUAAAAUCGUUUUGGUGGAUUAAAACAAGGAAAUCUAGCUGCUUGUUUAGUCUUUAUGAUUGGUUAUACAAUCCAAUGACAUGCCUCAAAGUUAACUGUGGUAGGAAGUAGGAAAUAGGGACCUGAACCAUUCUUGGCCGAAAUGGUCAAUAUGAUAGGUGGGAUGGACUGAUCCUCUGCAUGUUGAUGUACAGGUAGCAUUGAGCAACUUAUUGACUCUUGUUGGUUAUUAGACAGAGUCAGUAGAUGCUCAAUAUGUACCUAUUUUUGUAGCAUGGGCAAGAGUACCCCUUGUACUCUAUAUAAUAAACUAUAUUUGCUGUG